UUCUCCUCACACAAACCAAAAUCUCUCUCCUUUCUCCAAAAGUUUUAGAUACAAGCCAUUGAUUCUUGUGUAGUGAAGCUAAAAGCUCUUCUUUAGCCAAAUGUUUUAGAUACUCUUUUAGCUUUUUUCUACAAUGACUUCUACACCAACCCCUCCACCAAACUACUCCUCACUCCCUGCUGCUCCUAGAAAUGCUGAAAAUCAUCAUCACAAUCACAAAAAUCAACAAAACAGUAGACAUAGUCACCAUAGUACUCAUAAACGUCCUAGAGACCGUUGGUCUUCGUCUUCUAGGCACUAUUCCAGCUCAAACUCUGCACCUUUAGCUGCUGCUGCUGUUGCUGAAGUUGGUGCCAAUGGAAGUGGAAAUGCUGCUGCUGCUGCUGCUGCUGCUGGUGGCAGGGGCAAUGGCAGAGGCAGACCUGCAUAUUCCUCCACUUUGCUGGAGGGCAGGCAAUCAAGGUUGGCUCCUGAAUUUUCUGGGAGGAAAUCAACGCGGUUUGCGGCCAAGAUGCAUUCUGGAAUGCCGAGGGUGACUCCAAAUAAACAUGCUCACAGUGCUGCGGCUGACGAGGCACUUAGCUGUCUAUUCAAAGCUGGUAACAAUAUCGCUGCUAUUGAUAAUGUUUUUAUUUCAUAUGAACAUAAGUUAUGGGAGGUUGAAGAUUAUAUUUACAUGCUAAAAGAGUUUGGUAAUACUCGUAGUCUUUUGCAUGCUAAAAAGUGUUUUGAUUUCAUUAUGUCGAAACAAAAUGGGAGGGUUGAUAAAGGCAAGUUAGUUAGUGCUAUGAUUGGCACUCUUGGUAGGUUAGGGGAGAUUAAUCUUGCUUUGGGAUUGUUUGAAAGAGCUAGGCUUGAAGGGUAUGGAAGCACUGUGCAUUCCUUUUCGGCCAUGAUUAGUGCAUUUGGCCGAAAUGGCCGCUUCCCUGAUGCCGUGGAUUUGUUCAGGUCCAUGAGUAGCUGGGGAGUUGUACCUAAUGUGAUAACGUACAAUUCAAUCAUUGAUGCUGGGGCGAAAGGGGAAGUGAGUUUUGAUGUAGUCGUUAAGUUUUACGAUGAAAUGAUAGCCAACGGCUUAAUGCCAGAUCGGCUUACUUACAACUCACUCCUUUCUGUUUGCGCAUCGAAGGGCAUGUGGGAAAUGGCUCAAAAAUUAUUGAGUGAAAUGGACCACAGGUGUAUUGUUCCCGAUGUGUUUACUUAUAACACAUAUUUGGACACCUUGUGUAAGGCAGGCCAAAUUGAUUUGGCUAGAAGGGUAUUUGAAGAGAUGUCGUCGAAGAGAGUUUGGCCAAAUGUGGUGACUUACAGUGCAAUGAUGGAUGGCUAUGCCAAGGCCAACCUCUUGGAAGACGCCCUAAACCUGUAUGAAGAAAUGAAGCUCCGAUCUGUUUGUCUUGAUAGAGUGUCCUAUAACACACUCGUCGGAAUCUACGAGAAGCUCGGCAAUCUUGAUGAAGCUAUUGAGAAGUGCAAAGAGAUGGAGAGAAGCGGAAUCAAUAGAGAUGUAGUAACCUACAAUGCUCUUUUGUCCGGGUAUGGCAAGCAUGGCAUGUAUGAUGAAGUUAGAAGACUAUUUGAGGAGAUGAAGGCUCGGAAUAUAUAUCCAAAUACGCUAACUUACUCUACAAUGAUCGAUAUGUACACUAAAGGUGAAAUGUUUCAGGAAGCGAUGGAUGUUUAUAGAGAGUUCAAGAUGGCAAGAUUGGAGAUUGACGUCGUCUUUUAUAGUGCAAUCAUAGAUACACUAUGCAAAAACGGUUUAAUGGAGUCUUCUAUUAUGUUGCUUAUGGCAAUGAUGGAGAAAGGAAUAAAGCCAAAUGUGGUCACUUUCAACUCCAUAAUUGAUGCAUCUCAACAAUCGCCAACUUUGGAGUAUGGAGUUAAUGGAUCUUCUGAUGCCAUUGACUAUCCGAUUGAACAAUCGUCUCCUAUUGUUAUUGAUGGUGCUUUUCAGAAUAAGCCGGGGGAGGACCGGAUUUUGAAGAUGUUCGAGCAACUUGCUGCUGAAAAAGCUGGUCAUUUAAAGAAGAAUAGAAGUGGACGACAAGACAAACACUGCAUAUUGUGGCUCUUCCAAAAAAUGCAUGAGCUGAACAUUAAACCAAAUGUUGUCACAUUUUCAGCCAUUUUGAAUGCUUGCAGUCUCUGCAAUUCAUAUGAGGAUGCUUCAUUGCUGUUAGACACGCUCCGCUUGUUUGAUAAUCAAGUGUAUGGUGUCACCAAUGGACUGUUAAUGGGUUACAGAGAACAAGUAUGGCUAAGUGCUGAGACUCUGUUCGAUGAACUCAUGUGUAUGGAUCCUUCAACUUCGUCUGCCUUUUAUAACGCCCUCACUGAUAUGCUGUGGCACUUUGGUCAGAAACGCGGAGCUGAAAUGGUUGUAAUUGAAGGGAGACGCCGAAAUGUGUGGAAAGGCGAAUGGUCAAUUUCUUGCUUGGAUCUGCAUCUGAUGUCUUGUGGUGCUGCUUGUGCAAUGGUUCAUUCAUGGUUGCUCAGUUUGCAUAGUUCUCUUUUUCAAGGCAUUCAACUGCCUAAGUUUGUCAACAUUUUAACUGGCUGGGGAAAGCACAGUAAAGUGCUUGGAGAUGGAACUUUAAAAAAGGCUGUUGAAGCACUCCUAAAUGGCAUGGGCUCCCCCUUCAGAAUUUAUGAGAAUAAUUUGGGAAGAUUGGUGUCUCCUGGAGAAGUGCUGACUGCUUGGUUGACAAAACCUGGAGUUUUCAACUUGCUUGUUCUGUCUGAUGUCCUAAAUCAUUCUCAACCAGCUGCUCCAUCACAUGAUUAUCCUACUCUUCAAAAUUAGAUUGAUACAAGCUGCGUAGCACUGACACUUCAGAUUGAAUGUGUCUGGUGUCUAAAAUGUGUCGGUGUCCGACACCGGGCACCGUCGCAUGUGAUUACUUUCAUUCUUUUUAUUUUUUAAUUCAUUACUAGUGUUGGAGCGUAGGGUUGGUGUCUGUGUAUGUGUUGGUGUCGCAUAGGACCCCAGUCUUUUAUUGAUUUCUUAGUUUCAAUACAGUUCUUUAAUUCAAUGUCUUGUAUUCUUUUCUCAGUAUCUUGUAUUUGCCGAAAAAAAAUAGUGAAUGAAUAAUACUAGUUUGCUCCA